CAAUAUAUACGUCACUCGCCACACGCGCUUCCACACCUCACCACCAGUAUAUACACCCCACGCGGCUCUUGGAGCGCAUAUGCAUUCUUUGCUCCCGGCAGCAGUACAGGCGCCUCUCCGAGCCUCUCCUCCACCGGCAGCUCCGGCCCGAGCGGCGGCACAGGUGGCUAGCUAGCGAGCUAGCUGCCGGCCUGCUGGUCCUCGCGCGCGCCGAUCUACCGGCGGCAUGGCCGCCGCCGGCCUCCCUCCGGGGUACCGCUUCUACCCGACGGAGGAGGAGCUGAUCUGCUUCUACCUCCGCAACAAGCUCGACAGCCUCCGCGACGACAUCGAGCGCGUCAUCCCCGUCGUCGACGUCUACUCCGUCGACCCGGGGCAGCUCCCAGGGAUUCACGGGAUGCUGUGCGGCGGCGGCGGGGAGGGGGAGGGGGAGGGGGAGCCGUGGUUCUUCUUCUGCCCGCGGCAGGAGCGGGAGGCGCGGGGCGGGCGGCCCAGCCGGACGACGCCGUCGGGGUACUGGAAAGCCGCGGGCACGCCCGGGGUCGUCUACUCCGCCGACGACCGCCGCGCCAUCGGGGUGAAGAAGACCAUGGUGUUCUACCAAGGCCGCGUGCCGUCGGGGGCCAAGACCAGGUGGAAGAUGAACGAGUACAGGGCGCUCCAGCACUACGCCGCCCCCGACGCCGGCGCCGGCGCCAGGGCCGACGGGUCGUCUUCUAGCGCCCGCGCCGCCGCACCUCCAAUCGUUCCUCCGCAGUUGAGGAGCGAGUUCAGCCUGUGUCGACUCUACACCCAAUCUGGAACCCUGAGGCAGUUUGACAGGCGGCCGCUCGCCGCCGCCGCGGCAGGCUCCGCUGGCGAGGAUCCAGGUGGAGCAGGUCCAUCCACGGCAGCCGCCGCGUCGCCGCCGGAAGAUGACGAUGGCUCCGGCAGCUCCAUGCAGCAGCAGCAGCAGCAGCAGCAGCUGGUGGCAGAGAGAGGUGCCGCCGCCGCCGAUCUGUACGGCGACGACGUGGCCAUGCUGGAUGCCCUUUUAUACUGGCCUGGAGACUAGACGUAAAUUAAGCUCCGGCACGACCUGCGCGUGCGCGCGUCAGUGCAACGGCAUGCGCGCUCAACUAGACCACUCACUUUCCCAAACGGAAGUUUUAAAGAACAUACUCCAAACCUGGAGCGUGGUUAGAUGUUAUGUGAUAGCUGAUGGUUAAAUUUAAUUUAUCAUUUUGAUGUAUGAACACGGCUAAGAGCCGCGUGUGUAGAUUAGUACAAACUAGGAACUUCUGAUUUACCAUAUAUGCUUCGCGCAAACCCUUGUAAACACAGAUUGUUGACCGCAUGUAAUUCCAGAGAAAUUCGUUUUGGUUCCAA